AGCCCAGUUCUGUCAUCUGGCGCCGCCGCGUGGGCGUGGCUAUCUGGGUCCCUGCGUCGCCUCCCCGUCCCCUGGUCCCCAAGAUCCCCGCGGCCCUGCAACCCUUGACCAUGGCUUCCGCGGUCGCCAGCCCGCCGGAGGUGGUCCGCGCGGCGCAGAAGGACGACUACUACCGCGGCGGGCUGCGGAGCGCGGCGGGCGGCGCCCUACACAACCUGGCAGGUGCGAAGAAGUGGCUGGAGUGGAGGAGAGAGGUAGAGCUGGUGUCGGAUCUCGCCUACUUCAGCCUCACCACACUAGCAGGCUACCAGACCCUUGGGGAGGAAUACGUCAGCGUCGUGCAGGUGGGCCCGUCACAGCGCCACGUGCCCUCAAGGCUGCGACGCGGGAUCCUGGUGGCGCUGCACACCGUCCUGCCCUACCUGCUGGAUAAGGCCCUGCUCCACCUGGAGCACGAGCUGCAGGCCACCAGCGAUGGCGCCUGGCCCUUGCGGGGCAGCCUGGCCCCCAGCAGCCAGUCAGGGAUGAGGCGCUGGGUGCACCGCUGCACGGCCGGCCUGACGGAACAGCAGCAGGGGGUGCUCCUGCGGGCCGUGUCAGCACUCAAGCAGGGCCUCGGGUGCCUCCAACGUCUCCACGUGGCCUGGUUCUACAUCCAUGGUGCCUUCUACCACCUGGCCAAGAGGUUCACAGGCAUCACCUACGAGCCAUGCAGAGGAAAGAGCAGUUUCCAGAAACCCACUGUGCACGCUGUGCUUGGAGGAACGCAGGCAUUCGACGGCCACACCCUGCGGCCACCUGUUCUGCUGGGAGUGUAUAACCCACUGGAGCGACACCAAGACGGAGUGUCCCCUCUGCAGGGAGAAGUUCCUCCCCCAGAAGCUGGUCUACCUGCGGCACUACCGCUGACCCCUUGCUGGAAGAGCAGUCUUGUCGACUUCUCCUGCACAGACAUCAAGAAAGUCUCAAAACUUUUGUCAUGUGUGAUACCAUGCCAGGUGUCAGGAGGAUGGGCGCCGGACCUGGACUUGAACCUGGCUAAUGCAGGCCUGCAGGGCAGGCUGGGUGGGGACCUGCUGGGUGGCCAGUCCACCCUCAGAAUGCCCCUCCCUUCCCCAAACCAGUCACUCAUAGGGCGGGGCCUGACUGACCUGGAGCCGAGCACCAGCAGUUUGCUUUCCCAGCAUGAUAAUCCUGCAGCCCAGAAGGCCCACAGGCUUCACCCUUGUCACUGGAGCUGGCUUUGGAGGGCGGGAGCACAACUGUUCCCAGAAAGCCAGAAGCUGUCAUCAACUGUAACACCUCUGGCACAUGCCUUCUAGUGAAUGGUCAAGUCUGCUUCCCAUUCUAAAACACGGCAGUGUGUGUUCCGGCCUCACCACAAGAGGGGUCUCCUCCCACGUGGAGCACCUAGCGGGCCGGCCAGCUUGCCAUCACCACUCACCACUGUGGCCAGCCUGCUUCCUGCCACCUUUGUUAUCUUCAGGUUUUAGAUCUGCUUAAAUCCUGCAGACUGGAUUUUGGCGUAGGCAUCCUUACAGCACCAAUUCCACAGAAGUGCUGGUGUGCUGACGCUGUGAGGGGUGCACACACCCAUGUGGAAGGGCCUCUUCUCCACAUGACUUGGUGGCCAAGGCCCUCCUCAAGAGGCGGAGGUCAGCCCCACAGACGGGCUGUGACCGCAGGCCCUGCUCCAGGCAGGUAGGAGCACAGGGGGAGGCUCCGUGGGUCCUAAACCCCAUCCUCACACUGUCAACCAGUGGCUGCAAGUUCCCGUCAAGUCUCACAUCAGUGCACUUACUGGGACAACAGUGUGAGCAAGUCGAGAGCACAAGCGCUGCAGCUGCCACAGCCUGGUAACAGGUACUGAUCUGAACAUCAUUUACGUGUGAAGUUUAAAAUUCGGGUCAGGUACACAAAGAUCUUCAUGUGGCCUCUUAAAAGCAAGAGCUGCUUAGUUCAGAUUUGCAAAAACUGGCAAAAAAGAAGCCAUGAGGGGAACACUUGAGGUCCGAAACCGAGAUAGAUGGAAAUGGCGCUUGGAGCCAGGAGUCAGCGGCGUGGCAGUGUGACCACCUCCCAGGCGGCUGGGCGCCCUGUGGGCCCUCGUGGUGCAGGAGCUGUGGUGGGUUAGAUAGAGACUACACGAGAGCGGGGACAUUGUCUUUAAUAAAGUUGGAAUUAAAAAGUCACUUAGUAAAA